UGCGUGCCCGCACGUGGUAUUUUGUGGAAGAGCCACACUCAAGGGGCCGCAGUUUGCCGACCGCUGUCCUAACCAAUCAGAGCCCAUCCAUCUCACCAGCCUCCUCCCCACACCUGGGCUCCAGUGGCUGUGCCCCGGCCUCUGCCAUCAUUGUCAGCAGACACUGUGUGGCAAGUCCCCACUCACUGAAAUCGCUUCCCUGUUGUAGCCCUGCAGCGACUGCCGUUGCUCAUUCAGGAAAGCCCAGACUCCACACCUGGCUGACAGGCCCUGACUGCCCAGCUGCUCACCGUCACUCCCAGGGCCCUUCCUCUUUUCUCUUCCUCAGACUUGCAGGCUGAUCCGUCCUCAGAGCCCUUACUGUGGCUGCCUCUUCUGCUGGGAGUGCCCCCCUUCUACAUCAUCCCAGGGCCCCCCCCCCCCCAAAGUUGUUCUCACAGCUCCCCAGUGGCCUUUUUGCAGGGGCCUCGGCCCCUGGCUGUGGUCCCGUUUUCCCAACUUCUCCAGACCCAUUUGGUCUUGUGUUGCCUUUCUCUUUUCCAGAAGCAGCAUGGUGGGCCCUGUCUGUCCCUGGUGCAGGGCUGUGGUGUGUGGUCAGUGCUCAGAAGAAGGGUGGAAUGAGGGAGACAGGAAAGAUGGUAUCAGAGCAAGAAGAGGUGGUCUCUGAUGUGGUUCGCAGCGCUGAGUGAUCCUGGGCCAGGCCCUGAGGCCUGUGGGGACAUCAGCUCUGCACCUUGGCUCUUUCUCUUGGUUCUCCCUGGUCAUUCUUCCCUAGAUCACAGCCUGGGUCAGCUCCUGCACCUCCUCCGCCUGGCAGUGCUCGUGUUGCUGUGUGUCCCUCUCGGAGGCUUUCUUGUGGCUGCAUUCCCAUCACCAGCAGGCAGCAGGUUCUCAGUGUGUUUGGAAGGAAUGACUGGAUUAUAAAGUGUCCAGUGCCCCAUGCUUCAUGUGCCGUGAACAGGCCAGGAACCCCUCUUUUCAUGUUCAUCAGAAAGAAGGGGGGACUUGAGGAAAUGUGGGAAUGAGCCUCUGAACUGGAACAUCCAAGAAUGGCUAAGGCUGGAGCCCAGGGUAGAAAGGAGAGAGGCCAGAGGAUGGGGGCAGGCACGGAGCGUGGCUCUUGGGAGCUGCUGUGUCCCUUCUUGGAAGAGCCCGGCUGGGCGGCCAUCACUGUACCUGCUGCUGGUCUGUGCUCCUGACUUCUGUGGCCUUCAGGGGGAAUAGCGUUCUCUCCUCCGUUGGGGAGAGGACAUGCUAGACCGGGUUUCCCCAUCGACUCGCUGUCCGACAGCACGGCCUGGAGCUGGGCUCCUGCAGAGUUGGUGCUGGUGGCUGCAUUACCGGAAAGCCACCUCUUCCAGAAUGUUCUCUGGGAGGUCUACCACCUGCCAGGUCUUCUUUGUCCCUCUUUCUCUCCUUCCAUAUUCUCUCUCCUCUCCUCGGAAACUUUGUUCCUUCCUGGCAGCGUGUCCUCCCUGUCAACCAGAUCCCCUGGGCCUGGAUCGAAUUUCGUUUCCUCCGAAUUUCUUGGGUCGAGGCAGCUCUGCCCAGUGGUGUUAGCAAGGCCGUGGGGAGCCGAGCAGGGGCUGACUUGGUUCCCGUCAGACUGAUUGCCAUGGAUCCUGGUCUGUCGGCUGGCUCAGCAGGCCUGUGCUCUGGCAAGGAGCCUCCCAUAUGUAUCCCUCAUUUAGUAAAAUUUACCUUAUUUCCUAAACACCUCUGGGGCACAUGUUUUUAAGCCCAAAUCUCUUCCAGAGUUCUUAUGAAUCAUUAGUCUUACAGGAUGAAGAGUGGUGUAGGCUGGGUCACCUGUGCAGAGGGAAGACUCUGGUUGGUCUAGAUCAGGAUUUUAAAAAUGUGAUUCUAAUGUGCAGCCAAGGUUGAGAACCACUGGUCUAGAUCUUGCCCCCACAAGGAGCCUGUCCCCUGAGGACCAGGUGCCAUGCUGAGUCAUGACCCCUGUGGUUUCUGGUGUUGCACAUUUUUGGGGGGGGGGAGGGGGGUCACGACCUAGACAGACCUGCUGCACCAGCCUGCAGGCCCCAAAAGAUGGCAGACGUGCCCAGGGGGCAGCACCCUCCCAGGGGCCUGGUGCCAAUCCCUCCUUCCUGCUUCUCCUUUGUGCUUUGGGUUCAGGAAUGUGCAGGUGUCUUUGUCUUUUCAAAUUCACACACCUGGCAGCCAGGCGAGUAUUUCACGCGUGCAUGUGCAAAAAGUGGCCAUAACAUCUUAGGCUCAGCCUUCCUCAGGGUGGAUGUAUGCUCCCGUCUUCGGUCCGUCGCUCACACGCCCCUAUGGUCAGGCAGGCCAGCAUCGUUGCAGCUUCAGAGCUGAGAAGGCCACACUUCGGCAGGCACAGUGGGUCACGGUGGGGCCGGUGCUGGCCCACAGAGACGGCCAUGCUGAGCCGUCAGGGAUGACGGCAGACAGUGCCCUAGGUGCUGGCUACAGGGCCCCCUGCUUUGUUUCAGGGCUCUGUUUACCUACGAAGGCAACAGCAAUGACAUCCGUGUGGCUGGCACUGGGGAGGGGGGCCUGGAGGAGGUGGUGGAGGAGCUCAACAGCGGGAAGGUGAUGUACGCGUUCUGCAGGGUGAAGGACCCCAACUCUGGCCUGCCCAAGUUUGUCCUCAUCAACUGGACAGGCGAGGGCGUGAACGAUGUGCGGAAGGGGGUGUGUGCCAACCACGUCAGCACCAUGGCCGGCUUCCUGAAGGGCGCCCACGUGACCAUCAAUGCGAGGGCCGAGGAGGACGUGGAGCCUGAGUGUAUCAUGCAGAAGGUGGCCAGGGCCUCGGGUGCCAACUACACUUUCCACAGGGAGAGUAGCCGCUUCCAGGACAUGGGCCCGCAGGCCCCAGUGGGCUCCGUGUACCAGAAGACAAAUGCCGUGUCAGAGAUCAAGAGGUUCGGCAAAGACAGCUUCUGGGCCAAAGCAGGGGAGGAGGAGGAGCAGCGGCGGGCCCAGGAGAAGCGGCGGGCGGAGCAGGAGCGGCAGCAGCUGGAGCAGGAGCGCCGGGAGCGGGAGCUGCGGGAGGCCGCCCUCCGGGAGCAGCGCUACCGGGAGCAGGGCCAGGAGGCCAGGCAGAGCAGGAAAUCUGAGCAGCAGGAAGUGGUUUCGAGGAGCAGAGAGGAACAGGAGCCUGGUCAGCAGUCACCUCGGGAGAUGUUCAUGCAGAAGGAGAGAGCCGUGUCCACCGCGUCCACCUCCAGCCCCCAGCCAGGCAAACUGCGGAGCCCCUUCCUGCAGAGGCAGCUCCCCCAGCCAGAGAGCCCCCUCAGUCGGGAGAGGGCUCACGCCGCCUCAAGGCCCAGCACAGGUGUCUGUGAGGAGCCUGCACCCAGUGCCCCUGAGUGCCUGGUGCAGGCGGAGGAGGAGGCCAUGUACGAGGAGCCCCCAGAGCAGGAGACCCUCUACGAGGAGCCCCCCAUGGGGGAGCAGCAGGACCCUGGCUCUGUGCGUGUGGACCACUACCCCGGACUGAGCGGGAAGGGCCUCUGUGCCCGGGCCCUGUACGACUACCAGGCAGCGGAUGAGACCGAGAUCUCCUUUGACCCCGAGAACCUCAUCACGGGCAUCGAGGUGAUCGAUGAAGGCUGGUGGCGUGGCUACGGGCCCGAUGGCCACUUUGGCAUGUUCCCUGCCAACUACGUGGAGCUCAUUGAGUGAGGCUGCCCGUGGCCUCGUCCCCGCCCCACGUGGCCUUACUGCUGGAGGUGGUGGCGUGACACUGCACCCCAUCCUCUUUCUGGCAUGGGCCGCAAAUGCAGCAAUAACCCAGUGGUUCCCACACGCUUCCAGCAGCCCCCACAGCGGGGGCCUCUGCCUUUCCUGUUCCCUGCAGCUCUGAGGGGUGGUGGUUGGGGAGCCGAGACGUGGACUCGGCGGCUCAUGCCCAGUUGGUCCCGGCAGCGCUGGCAGCAGCAGCUGGUCUGGGUCUUGCUCCGUGCUCCUGCUCCUCUGUCCCCUGCCUGGCUCUGGGCACUGGGGAUGGGACAGCAAGGCCCCUGAGUACCUGGGCGCAGCGGUAAACACAUCUGUGCUGUGAGCUCUUGCCUGCUGGCACCGAGGCGACACCUGCCGUCUCCCCCUGUCCCAGACUCCCCUGCCCCCACCUCUGUUCGUGGAGUCAGCAUUGCCCACCCAGGCCCCAGCUCCGAUGCCGUGACAGCCUGGCGGCCCCGGGUGAAACCCACCUUCCUAGUGUCUGGGAGUGCUGCAGCCACCUGGACGAGGCAUAAAGAUUAAGAUGUGACUGAUGUCUCUUUCUCUUUCUCUCUCUCUCUCUAUCAAGAAAAAACAAAAAAUAAAAAAGGUUAAGAUGUGA